AUGCCAUUGCCAACAUCAUCACGGAAUACACUCAUCACUCUACAAGAUGCUAUUACUGACUCCCCUGUCUACCGUGCAAAUAUCCUCCAUUUUGACGAGCAACUGGACCUAUUGGAAAGAUGGCUCGAAACACUAUCAAAACAUAUGAAGCUUUACUGCGAUAGACUCAAUAAAUUCAAUCUUGAAACAAACCUGGUCUGUAAAAAGGCUAUCCCUGUUGGUAUUGAUGAUACACUUAUAGACUGUAACUUCACCGGAGCAGUCAUAAAAAGCUUUUCAGAUGCACUACAGACUAGCUUGGCUUUUAAGACCAAACUGGUAACUGACCUCGAAGAUAAUUUUAUCCAACCAUUGCAGCAAUUCGUAAAGACACACCUUAAAGAAUUCAAAGAUUUCCGGCGUCAACAUGAAAAAUCACUUGAGAGGUACGAGGCGCAGCUAGCCAAGUACACUGCACAGAGCAAAACCAAAGAAGCUUCGGCGGUACGUGAAGAAGCAUUUCGGCUGCAUGAGGCCCGAAAAUCAUACGUCCGCAUGUCGGGACAGCAUGUAUUGCGUAUUUUACAUUUCCGCUCCAUCUUGGAGCAUUGCCUCGUUGAGCACUUCUCGGCUGCUACACUUGCCCAUCUCUCGGAUCUGGACGGAGGAACUCGAGUUUGGCAGAAAUUAGAUAGCAGUCUAGCAUCGUGGAAGCAAUGGUUGGUCGACGACAAAGAGACAUGCGAUUUCCAGUUACAUGCUUUACAAGCUACCCGAAAAGGCCUUGAGAAUGAAUUUAUCCAAAAAGUACAGCCUCCGCGUGACUUGGAUCGCUAUGUUCCCUCAGCUGUCACUACAACGCGCCACUCAAUUGAUUUCUCAGCACCGACUGAACAGGGACAUACAAGCUACAAGUGGGGUUAUUUAUUUGUAAGAGGAUCUCGGAGCUCCUGGUCCCGUCGGUGGUACUUUCUGUAUGAUGGUUACUUUGGUUCAUGUCAUGUCAGCCCAUCUAUUAAACUAAAGGGAGCAAUCACUAUGUCGGAGCGAGUAUCAGUAUUACUGUGCGACAUCAAGCCUUUGGGCGAUGUCGAUCGUCGGUUCUGUUUUGAGGUUAUGUGUGCACAACAACCUUCAUUUGUAUUGCAAGCAGAGUCUGAGGAAGAAAUGCGUAGCUGGAUAGCUGCUUUUGAGAGAAGCAAGCGUUUGAUGCUCCAAAAUGAACAUGCACCUGAAAUUGUUGACGAAAUCAGAACUACCCAAAUGGAUCCCACUAGCCCAGCUAUAGUUAUGCUUUCAACCACUGCCAAUGUUGACAAGUCUACCCUUGCCAAUGCCACAUCUCUUACACCUCUAUUGGUCUGGGAAGCUGCGAAAUCCCAGAUGGCAAGUAAUACAGCCGGAAGUCUCUCUGUUCCCACAUCGCCAACUGCUCCCACACAUUCGCAAUCUUUCCAACCUAUUCAAGAACCUCAACAAGAUUCACAAGUAGGGACUUCUUGGGGAAUCCCAUGGGCACUCGUCCCAAGUAUGUUCCAGUCUACAGAUGAAAAUGGUUCGGAUCAUCUCCCUGCCCCGGCAUCGGCCGCUCCUUCUACUCUUGCAGAUAUCGAUGGUCAUCAGGUUGUCUGGCCCAACCAAACUGACGACCUUGCCUCACUAAAGGUAGAUCUUACCGGAUAUGAUUCUGAGCUUGAAACCAAGAACAAAGAACUUCGUCGCUUGUUUGGUGGUGUGGCAACUCAUGAAGUUGUUGUGGAUGCAUUUACUGGUCUUUUGAAAAAGAAACCUUCCGCUCUCCCUGAAGAACCCGCAGACAUCAAAGAACUCGAAUGCCCAAUCUCACCUCUGCCUAUGGAUUCACUAGAACAAGAGUUCAAUACACACUUGACAGAUAGUGUCAAGAAACCAACUUCUGACUUUGGCUUUGCUUAUACUGGUCGUGCUUUCAUUACCCAAGAAACUUUUUGGUUCUACAGCUGUGUAUUGAUGACAUGUGUAAACACCGUGGCAGUACGAUUGAAAGAUAUCUCGGGAAUCAGACUCGUGCGUGACCCAUCCCUUGUAAACGUGGGUACUUCUUCACAUAUUGCAAUUGCUAUUGAUUUGGCCCAAUCCACAAGCAGCCUUGAUAAUCAAGGUCCUUUGAUAAUCACUGCUCUAUUGGAUGAUAUCGAGGUGGUUUCUGAACGCUUGCGAUUUGCUGUAGACAAUGCCAAGAGUUCUCAUCCUCUCCCUCUUCAAUCACUUUACGACAUUCUGCACCAUCUUUCUGCAGCCACUAGUAAGAAGAAGAAGAAUGACCAAAUCACUACAAUUAAGGUGGAGCCUGUCAAAUCAGCAUCAAGCCCUGAUUUCUCUACCACUGUGCCUGUGCCUGACAUUAUCCAACCAGAACCAUCCAACUCACCUCAGCCAACAAAGGCUGAGAAGAAGAAGAGGGCUCACCGCAAGAGUACUGCUGCUGAUAAACGACCUAUAUUUCCAGCCAAAACAGGAGCAUUGGCAACUGCUAUGAUGGCAGCUACAGUAGCAGGUGGCAACGGCUUCUUUGAUGUUAAUCGAGUGGCACGUAUAGAAGAAGCUCAGAAGCAGGUCAAGCAAACCCCAGCCUUGAACGUGGAUAGCACUGUUGAAAAGGCGUCAACAGAUGACUUACAUGCAAAUGCUGUAGAAGGUGAAAAGGGCCAAGAUCAAGCAGAUGCUCUACCAGCGCACAUCAAGGCACCUUCUGGACCUUGUUCGUGCGAGUGUACCGACCAUUUGGAAAAGUUAGAAGCUGAGAUAGACCUUCCAAUUUCUGCAAAACGUCUGUAUGAUCUUAUGUUCUCUGAAGAACAGACAGGACCUGCAGCGAAUAAUAGUAUCUGGGAACGUAAGACAGUCCAGAGUAACAGCAAAGAUUACCGGGUCAGCUCAUGGGAGUCUGUGGAUGGACAUCAGCAACGUGUACUCAAAUAUAUUAUGCCUGUUAGUAAUCCAAUGGUGAAAGUUAAAGAAGCCGAAGUCGUUGAAAAUCAGGUUAUUCUCAAGAAAGAGGAUUAUAUUCGCUAUGUUGUUCAGAUUUCUACAAAGACUGCACAACUUCCCUACGCAGAUGCAUUUAUUCCUUCCGUGCGUUAUUGCAUAUCAUGGAUCAGCCCAACUGAGAGUAAACUAGUCUUCCAUAUGGGUGUAAAGUUUGUAAAGAGUGUCAUGGUUAAAGGCAUGAUUAGCAAAGCAGCUCUUAAAGGAAUGGGUGAAAGCAUUGCCAUGUUCUCAACCCUUUUGGAAGAGGAAGCUAAUAAUAUUGCCCAAGAAAACAACAAGGCUAAUGGUGUUAAACCAACUGCUAGUCUUAAACGCACUGCUCGUGUUAACAGUAUGCGUAAGAAACCCGAAGCUGCUGUAGAGGCACCUAAAGAAGGUCUUGACAAGUGGAUGGAAUUGGCUCAGGACGUGGUUGGUACCGUGAUGGAUGUGGUCACAGAAAUACCAUUCUAUGUUGGUGUCAGUAUUGCUGGUGUGGUUACUAUUUGGAUAAUAUGGAUAAUGUUGCGCGCAGGCUCGCCCAGCAAACAUUCCCUAGAUGUUUCCCAAUGUUCCCCAAUGUCGAACAAUCGCUCGGUUGCGUCGCGCGCUGUUUAUUUGCGUGAUUUGGAAGACGGUUUAUUAAAAUCAAAAUUACAGCCUGCUUAUCUCCAAUCAGAAAGCUUCAGAGCAUUCUUGGCUACAAAAACUAAUCCAGGAAGGGAAACAAAUACACACGAAUGGUCUCGAGAACGCCACCACCAGUUUGCUGUAGAGCUCCUGUUCAGUCGUGAGCGAAUUGCGAUGCUACGUCACGAUACCUUGGUGAUUUUCCAGUUACUGAACGAGGUCGAUGCCCAACUGUUGGAGAAUGAGUAUAUGAAUUGGUUGAUGGACACCAGAUCCAAGUGCAGAGCAUAUUCUGGAUCUUCUUCUAGUCAAAAACUAUUGGAGUGUGAGCAAAUUAAUCAUGCCUUAAAGACUUUCUUAGAAUAGAUAGCCAACCAAGCUACAGGAAGAAACUAUAUUUUAAACUUUACAGAGUAAACUUCCUUUUGUUUAAAUUUUAUUACCAAAUAAAUAUUUUUCUAGAAUUGAUAUUUUC